AUGUGAGAGUGAGUGAGAAGAGUACUUUUACACACGAGGAAAAGUUUAGAACAAACGAAAACUCUUGUGUUUUCUCAAUGAUGCCUUACUCGAUUCAACGUGCUGAAGAUGACGGGCACGAGCACGACGACCCUGAUGACCUACUUCGCACGACGACACUGAUAGGACGCAGUAGUUUUAUGCAGUUUCGAAAUUUGACGGCGCAAAGGAUAAAAAAGCACGACUUGUUCAAAUAAAGGCCUAUUACAAGAAAGCGAAUAGAGCAUGCCAUCCAGACCGCAAUCCGAAGAAAGCGCAUGCUUUUGUCGAAUUGAAGGCACAGUAUUCAGAAGCAUUAAAGUUUAUUGAUGAAGUCGAGAAAAUGAAAAGAGAAAGGGCGGGGAAGAAAGUAGGAAUGAUUCUGGUAUGGCGAAGGGAGGCGGCUCUGGUUGGAGUGAUCAAGCGGCGAUGGAUAUUGAAGGAGAAGGUACUUACUCCAAUAAGACAGUUUCAGUUAAUCUUAAUUGGCACCACUUGCAGUCUUCAUUACAGGUAAGUAGUAACUCCCAGUACUAGCUGAUUCCACAUAGAGAUGAACAUGAAUGUGAACUACGAGUCCCUUCACCGACAAAAAACCUCCAACAUCACAACAGUCGCCGCUGCCUUACAAGCUGCUUAUCAUGACAAGGAAGCACGAGCUGAGAUGAGAAACACGGUUUUAUCGCUAGGCUGUUGCAUCAGCAUCGCAAUUCUUUGCUAUUUUUGGGCCAGAGUGAGCGACUCGCGAGAAGACCUGAUGAUGGAUAGGCGUAGAUGCAAGAGACACCAAGAAAAGGGAUCCGCGACAAUUUCGCUGAACAACAGCAAGCUGAGGUGCUGUUCAUUAGGCGCGUCUAUAAGGAGUGGCAAAGGGAGCGGAACAAGAUCAAGAGGGGUUUGCAAGGUAGUUCGGAAACGGAUGAAUGAGGAGAAUCCCGUCGACGUCCUUGCAGACGGAAGACCUCGACAUCGCCCAGACGUGUUGACGAGAAUGAGGUUGAAGUAA